UGCGACUGCGACUGCAGCCUUGCCAAGCUCAAGCUUAAGAGCCUGCAACAGCAACAACAACCUCACGAAAUACGGUUUCACAUCAGCGCUAGCCAGCGCCGACUGGUCAACCACACAGGCAUCGCUAGCGGAGCGCCUAAACAGAUUUCGACACAAGCAACAACAACAGCAGCAAGUGAGCGCUUGGUCGAUCGAAGACGAAUUAUCAACGCCAGAAGACUAUUACAAGCAUUACAGUGGCGCAAGUGAUUCCAAUAGGCACAACAACAAUCAGCAUUACAACAACAGUGCAGCCAGUAGUGCCAAUAAACCAACGGUACUCGAGCGCAGUGAAUUAAUACCCACUGCGGACACAUACACUUCAGCCACAGAACAACAGUGUCCAUCAUUGCCCCAAGCGAGAUUCGUUAAUAGCAAGAACAACAACAAUUACGUUGGACAACAUCAUUAUAAGCUAAGUCAACAAAGUGCGAAUGUUGCAACAUUUGAUGCAACUGAGUCAUCUUCCACUCCACUAGCUUGUUACACGAAGCCGGGCAAACGGAGGCGUGUAUUAGUGCGCAGGCGCAACAACACCGACGAACAAGCAAAUUCUACAACAACUACCUCAAUCAAGUCGCCCAGAGUAACAACAGCUGGCCGUGUAACGGCUGAAAGACAACAACGGACAGCAGCGGCAACAACACAAAUUUGGUUUCUUUCAUUUUUCCACAGUAUUGGCCUAGGCAGCUUUGCCGAGCAUGUUGCCGUGCAGUUAGGCGUAUGCCGCAGCAACAGUAGCAGCUUUAGCAACGAAACGUUGCAUACAAGUAGGCGUUCGACGCCAACGCCUCACACAAUUCCCGUCGAGAACAUUCCAAAGCGACGCUCAUUCGACGUAAUGGGUCUGCUGCGCAGCAUGAAGCUUAAAGACCGCCUCGCCAUUAGUCUGGGUGCAACCCUGAUACUGCUGACGCUGCUGUUGGUGGUCGAUGUGCAGAUGGAUUUCGGCGUUACGAAUCGGCAUUUAUUACAGCAGCAGUCACGUGUGCGUUAUGUAAAUGAAAAUGAUGGCGGUGACACUGGUGGCACUGGUGCCUUCAGAGACUUCAAACGAAAAUUCCUGCAAAAGAGCAAUUCAUCCGGUUCAAAGGAGACAGCCACGCCGACAACCACACAAUCGCGCCCUGCAGGCACUGCGGCAGGUGGCAGUUCGGCGGACGUGGCGGCGGCGGCGGGUGCCGGUACGAGCGGUGUACAGCAGGAUGCAGCAGCUAGAGAGGAUAUGUUGGCGAUCCAGAAAUUGGAGCGGGAACCUCAUGAUCCCUUUGACGACUUGUUCCGGCUGCUGAUGGGCCUGGACAAAACCGACUAUUCGCACGUGUUGAUCGAUGAUGAUGGGUCUGUGGUAACGGAGAACCCAACUAUCGCUGAAAUGACGGGCCUGAAACCAAGCAAAAAUGCAACAAAUUUGGAACGUUUCCAGUGGCACAUAUCUAAGCGUGAGCUCUACAAGGAGAACGACACUAUUGUGGACGAAGUGAUACAUGAUAUGAUCAAGCUGCCGGUGCAACAUGUCGUGCAAAAGGAGGGCGGCACGCAGUUGAAAUUGAUUAUAGAAUUUCCCAGCGACAUCAAAGCGCUGAUGAAGCCAAUGAGAUUUCCCCGUGAACAACAAACUCUGCCGAACCACUUCUAUUUUACGGACUAUGAGCGCCACAAUGCGGAAAUCGCUGCUUUUCAUUUGGAUCGAAUUUUGGGUUUUCGCCGCGCCAUGCCCGUCACCGGUCGCCUGCUGAACAUUACAACGGAAAUUUAUCAAGUCGCCGACGACAAUUUAUUACGGACCUUCUUCGUCUCGCCCUCGUCGAACUUGUGCUUCCACGGCAAGUGCUCCUACUACUGUGACACGGGGCAUGCCGUUUGCGGUAACCCGGACAUGUUGGAGGGUUCAUUUGCCGCCUUCCUGCCCAGCUUCGAGCAGACAGGACGAAAGGUUUGGCGGCAUCCUUGGCGCCGCUCGUACCAUAAGCGCAGGAAGGCUCAGUGGGAGACAGAUUCCAAUUACUGCUCCAUUGUUCGCGAAAUACCUCCAUAUGACGAAGGUCGACGGUUACUGGAUCUGAUGGAUAUGGCUAUAUUUGACUUCUUAACCGGAAAUAUGGACAGACAUCAUUAUGAAACAUUCAAAAUAUUUGGCAAUGACACAUUCACAUUGCAUUUGGAUCAUGGACGUGGUUUUGGUAAACCCUUUCACGAUGAAUUAACAAUUUUGGCGCCAUUGCUGCAGUGUUGCAUGAUACGGACGACGACGUUGAAGCGAAUAUUGGAGUGA